AUGGCUUGCGAGGACAGCACGGCUUCUCAACUUGAGAGGACAGCUCAACUUGAGAGGACAGCUCAUCUAGAGAGGACAGCUCAUCUGGAGAAGACAGCUCAUCUAGAGAGGACAGCUCAACAUCAGAGGACAGCUCAACUUGAAGGAGAGGUCAACUUAAGAGGACAUCUCAACUUGAGAGGACAGCUCAAGUUGAGAGGACAGCUCAACUUGAGAGGACAGCUCAACUUGAGAGGACAGCUCAAGUUGAGAGGACAGCUCAACUUGAGAGGACAGCUCAACUUGAGAAGACAGCUCAACUUGAGAGGACGGCACAACAUGAAAGGACAGCACAACUUGAGAGGACAGCUCAACUUGACAGGACAGCUCAACUUGAGAGGACAGCUCAGCCUGAGAGGACAGCUUAACUUGAGAGGACAGCUCAACUUGAGAGGACAGCACUACUUGAGAGGAAAGCACAACUUGCGAGGACAGCAAAGCUUGUGA